CCGGAGGGUGGCAUGACCCUGAACAGUGUCACUGGGUACAACAAUACUACAGCUCUACAUAUUAUUGGAAUAGGGGUACACUGCAACACCCGUACCAGCAGGCUUCUCCUUAGUGUUAUAAAGAGGCACCUAGCAUUUAUGCAUCUCGGGGCCUCGUUUGUAUACUUGAUCAGAGACGCCGGCUUCUUCACCAUUUCGAUGUUCGCUCUCUGAUUUUCCGUGUCAAUUUUAGAAAAUGAGAAAUGUCUUGGUGAGGG